AUGGCGAGGAGAGACCGCCGCGAACGCUCAGGCAGGCGCGGCGGACGUGCCGCUGCUCGGAGUCGCAUGCCGCAAUUCCUGGAAAGCGAUGAUGCCGAAGAUGAAGGUGAUCUGGGUGGAGGCUUGUUGGCCGGCAUGAAAAGACGAACCAGGCGACAGUACGAUGAGCGGAGGGAUAUCGAUGACAUGGAUGGCAUAGAAGACGAAAUCCCUCUGGAACAACUAGGAGAUAUCAAGGCCAAGUCUAUAGUCGAAUGGAUCGCGAAUGAGCGCGUCCGCCGAUCCAUCAUGAAGCAUUUUCGACAGUUUCUCAUGACUUAUGUGGACGAAAGCGGCGCCUCCGUCUACGGUCAGAGAAUACGAAACCUUGGCGAAAACAACUCGGAGUCACUCGAGGUGUCAUACCUCCACCUCGCAGUCUCAAAGCCCAUCCUCGCGUACUUCUUAACGAAUUCACCUACCGCCAUGCUGGCUAUACUAGACGAGGUUGCUCUCAACGCCAUUCUCGUCUAUUAUCCGUCAUACGAGCGCAUUCACUCUGAAGUGCAUGUUCGGAUUACUGACCUUCCUCUAAGCACCUCUCUCCGCGACCUUCGGCGUUCGAACCUGAACAAUCUCGUUCGAGUGAACGGCGUCGUGACGAGGCGAACAGGGGUAUUCCCGCAGUUGAAGUAUGUUCGGUUCGACUGCCGCAAGUGCGGUGCCGUCCUGGGUCCGUUCUACCAAGAUGCAACGAAGGAGGUUAGAAUCAGCUACUGCGCGAACUGCGAGAGCAAGGGCCCCUUUUCCGUCAAUUCAGAACAGACCGUGUACAGGAACUACCAGAAGAUGACACUUCAAGAAUCUCCCGGGUCUGUUCCUGCAGGCCGUCUUCCGAGACACCGAGAAGUAAUCCUGCUAUGGGACCUGAUAGACUCAGCUAAGCCGGGAGAGGAGAUUGAAGUAACGGGCGUGUACCGGAACAAUUUUGACGCUUCGUUGAACUCGAAAAACGGCUUCCCGGUGUUCUCGACCAUCAUAGAGGCGAACCAUAUCAACAAGAAGGAAGACCAGUUCGCUGCCUUCCGUCUCACUGAAGAGGACGAGAAGGAAAUCCGUGCCCUCGCUCGCGAUGAUCGUAUUCGGAAGCGUAUCAUCAAAUCGAUCGCUCCCUCGAUCUAUGGACACGAGGAUAUCAAGACGGCUAUCGCGCUAUCUCUCUUCGGUGGCGUUCCCAAAGACAUCAACCGGAAGCUGAGAAUUCGUGGCGAUAUCAACGUGCUCUUGCUCGGUGACCCCGGUACUGCCAAGUCCCAGUUCCUCAAGUACGUGGAGAAGACAGCCCAUCGCUCCGUCUUUGCUACUGGCCAGGGUGCUUCUGCUGUGGGUCUCACGGCCAGCGUACGCAAAGACCCGGUUACUCAGGAAUGGACACUCGAGGGUGGCGCGUUGGUGCUAGCCGACAAGGGUACAUGCCUUAUCGACGAGUUUGACAAGAUGAACGACGCGGAUCGGACGUCGAUCCACGAAGCUAUGGAACAGCAGUCGAUCUCUAUUGCGAAGGCCGGCAUCGUCACUUCAUUGCAGGCGCGCUGUGCUAUCAUCGCUGCUGCUAACCCUAUCCGAGGGCGUUACAACCCGACGAUACCCUUCCAACAGAAUGUCGAGCUGACAGAGCCAAUCUUGUCGCGCUUUGACGUGCUCUGCGUGGUCAAGGACACGGUGGACCCGGUCAAGGACGAGCUGCUUGCCCGAUUCGUCGUCGGCAGCCAUCUUCGUAGUCACCCGAAGUUUGAGAAGACCGAAGAGAUGGAUGUCGGUACCGUGCUUGACGCUGACGUAGACCUCCUUCGCAAAUACAUCAUGUACGCUCGCGAGAAGGUCCGACCCAAGUUGUUUGAACUUGACCAAGAAAAGCUUUCGCGUCUUUUUGCGGACCUUCGUCGGGAAUCGAUGGCGACUAACUCGUACCCCAUAACGGUCCGCCACCUGGAGAGCAUGAUUCGCAUGGCGGAAGCGAGCGCCAAGAUGGCCUUGAGAGAGUACGUCCGUGCAGAUGAUAUCGACGUCGCGAUUUCGGUCGCCGUCGGCAGUUUCGUCAGCACUCAGAAGAUGUCAAUCAAGAAAACCUUGGAGCGGGGCUUCCGCAAGUAUCUCACGCAGGCAAGGGACCACGAGGAGCUGCUUGCCUUCCUCCUCGGACAGAUUGUCAAGGAGAAGGCUCGUCUAUAUCAACUACAACGAUACGAGCAACCCGAGCUCGUCACUGUUAAGGUUCCGGAGCUCGACGAACGAGCUAAGGAACACGACAUUUACGAUACUGCCCCUUUCUUGCGAUCGAAGCUCUUCGCCACCAACGGGUACAAGUUAAAUGAUGGCAUCAUCGAAAAGAGGUUCCGCCGCACUGAGGACGAUUCGUGA